AUGGCGAACCCAUUUCGAAGCCGUCCGGCAAAUACGACGACGCAGCAGCAGCAGCAGCAGCAUGCGGCUGCCAGGCCCAAGAGCAGCCUCCUCCGCAUCGUGAUCUUCGCAAUCUUGGGCCUGAUCGUCAUAGUGGGCCUGGCCGUCCUCAUCGCCUGGCUCAUCGUCAAGCCCAAGCGGCUGAUCUACACGGUCGAGGACGCCUCCAUCCGCAACUUCAACAUAAACAGCGACCACGUCAACUCGUCCUUCAGCUUCGCCAUCCGUGCCUACAACCCGAACAAGAGGAUGUCGGUCUACUACGACGCCGUCGAGGUCUCCACGGCGUUUGACGGCCAGACCGUGGCCUUCAACACGCUGUCGCCGUUCCACCAGCCCAAGAGGAACGUGACGGUGCUGGAGGCCCAGCUAGAGUCGCGUGAUGUGGCCCUGUCCAAGUCCCUUUCGAAGGACGUCCGGGCCCAACGGGCCCAAGGGCAGGUGAAGGUCAAUUUGCGGAUCAGGGCCAGGAUCCGGUUCAAGGUCGGGGCCAUCAAGCUGAGGCACCAGACCGUGAAGGCCCUCUGCCCCGCCGUGCCCAUAAGUUUCCAUUCCGGCAAGAGUUUCCAGAUAACCGAAUGCGAUUUGGAUUAUUGA